AUGGUUCCUGGAGAUGGAGUUGGACCUGAGCUGAUGACUGCUGUCAAAGAGGUUUUCAAGCUCAGCCCUCUUUCAUGGCUUAUACUUGCAUCUCACUUGUUCCUACUGCCUUUUUCGCCUCAUCCUCUAGGAGAAACUAGAAGAGGUGUUGUCCUCCAUGAAGAACAACAGAGUCGCCAUCAAGGGAGAAAGCUGGACCUGUUUGCCAAUGUGGUUCAUGUGAACAGCCUGCCUGGAUAUAGCACCCGCCACAAUAACCUGGAUCUGGUCAUCAUACGGGAGCAGACAGAGGGAGAAUACAGCUCUCUGGAGCAUGAGAGUGUUUCAGGAGUGGUUGCAUGCCUGAAGAUCAUCACCAGAGAGAAAUCUCGCCGCAUCGCUAAAUUUGCAUUCGACUACGCCACCAAGAAAGGCCGCAGCAAAGUGACCGCUGUCCACAAAGCAAACAUUAUGAAACUCGGGGAUGGUCUCUUCCUGCAGAGCUGUGCGGAAGUGGCUGAGCUUUACCCCAAGAUUAAAUAUGAAAGCAUCAUCAUUGAUAACUGCUGCAUGCAGCUGGUCCAGAAUCCUUAUCAGUUUGAUGUGCUAGUGAUGCCAAAUCUCUACGGCAACAUCAUUGAUAAUCUGGCAGCAGGACUGGUGGCGGAGCCGGUGUAGUUCCAGGCGAGAGUUACAGUGCAGAAUAUGCCGUGUUUGAAACGGGAGCCAGACAUCCCUUUGCUCAGGCUGUCGGCAGGAAUAUUGCAAACCCUACUGCUAUGCUCCUCACUGCAUCCAACAUGUUGAGACACCUCAAUCUUGAGUAUCAUUCAAACAUGGUGUCUGAGGCUGUUAAGAAAGUCAUCAAGCAGGGCAAGGUUCGCACCUCAGACCUGGGAGGCUACGCGACAAGCGAUGAGUUCACCAGGGCUGUCAUCUCUAAUCUGGCCAUCUAAACCAAUCCCAGCGCGCUCCACAAAUAUCAUUUUAAGAACAAUCUGCAGCACUGGUUGUCCAGUGUCAAACUCUUUUGGUCCAACAUUUCACAUUUCAAGCCUUGCUAUUGGCCUAACUUUUAGAUUAUCACACAGUGUACAAUAGAGCUCAAGAUUCAUAUGUUGUCUCUAUCCAGAGCCAAUGAUAUACCAGACUGUACUGCUUUAUGAUGCUGCUUAAAAAAUAUGUAUUUAUUCAGCUAUUUAUUACUUAAUUGCAAUUGCUACUUGUUUAAUUGUUACCAUUAAUAAAAUAUUAUAUAAUAUUCUGGCAAAUAUGUUGUCUUUUUUAGUAAUAUUGCUCUAAAUGAAAACUGUAUGUGCUAUACAAAGUGAUGGCCUUGCAAUAAGAGAAAUCUUCCAUUAGUCAUCUACAAUGACCAUGUUUACAUGGUUGAAAUAUGAUUUAAAUAUGUACAAGUAUUAUAUAGAAAAAAAAAACAAUAAAUA